AUGCGUGAGCCAUCUGUCGUCGCCGAGACUGACGCAGAGCAAGGUACAAGUCUGCGAUGCGUUGCUUCAACAGGCGACAGAUAUCGCUGUACCGUCGACGAAGCGCAUCCAGGCUGGGCUGAUCAAGUCCACGGCGUCGCAACCCCUGCAGACAAGAACGAGAGCAAUUGUUUUCGACACGCUCUCUUGUCAUCUGAUGGUACCGCUGUAGUCACAUAUAACGAGGAUCUCAUCUUGAGGACUUUUGCAGUUCCGUCAAUUCAUUCGGACGAGAAGGCCACAGAAGUCUCGCCCUACUGUUCAGCUCCAUCACCGCUCAAGCUCACCUCGCUCACCCUUCACCCGGCUUUCGAUGUCACCAAUCCCGCCAGCACUCUCCUUGUGACCUCCCAUCCAGACCUGCCUCUACGCCUGAUCAAUGCUCUUGACAUUGCAUAUAUUCAUGCCUCUUAUACUUGGCAAAACUCUCUCACCGAAGCAUACAUCUCACCAUCGUCUCUGCUCUUUGUGGACAACACCCGCUUUGUUGCCGGCGCAAAAGAUACCAUUGCUGUGUUCGACGUACACAACGGUGAUGGUCCUACCUACGAAUGUCCGACACGAAAAGGCCGAAAGGCGAGGAAACUGUAUGGGGCAGACUCGGGUGGCAUUGGUGGCAUAAUCUCCUCCUUGGCUCUGUCCGGCGACAACAUCUUGGCCGCAGGCACAUAUAAUCGUCAGGUGGGCCUGUUCGAGGCUGCUGGUCAAGGAGAAUGUGUGACUGCCUUCGACUUGAGCUACAACGAUUUGGAGGAUUCUGUGCUCAAAGGAAACGGUGUCAGCCAACUUGCCUGGAGUCCAUGUGGAAACUACCUCUUCGUCGCCGAACGUCAGAGCGAUGCUUUGCUCGUCUAUGAUAUCAGACAUACUGGCCGACGACUGAGCUAUCUUUCUGGUCGCUGUGCUCUUACCACACUGAAGCUUUCUUUCGAUCUCGCAAGCGAUGCGUACGGCAAGGUCAAUGUCUGGGCGGGUGGUACAGAUGGUAAGGUCAGAGCAUGGCAAGAUGUUACAGGCAGAGAGGGCCGCAUAGAGCCAGAUUUUGCAUUGCAUGUUAGUCAUGCGGCGGUAAGCAAUACGAUACUUAGCCAUCGCGAUCCGAUGCUCAUAACCACGUCUGGUCAACGUCGAAGUCCGAGCGAUCUGGUCGACUUGGGCGACUCUGAUUCCGAGUCCGACUUGAGCUCCUCAAGCGGCAGCGCGGAUAGCAACGACUCUGAAUCGGACGACGAGCAGCUCGGAAAAGCCAACGAGCAACUCUCAGGCACAGCUUCCAUUGAGGCCAUUACAGAACCUGGGAGAGGUCCUGCUUUUGAUAAUAUUCUUUCGUUCUGGCGAAUCUUAUGA